AUUCAAGCGCCGAUUAGUGUUUUGUAAACGUUAUGCGUGCGACACCGCCCACCUAGUUUCUUUUCAUUAUAUUUAUCGAUUUUCCCGUUAUCAAAAGCAACUGCAAGCAUGCACAGGUUUGUCAGACUUCAGCUUAUGCUUCGUGAUGCUAAACAUCCAGUAUUACCGACAGCGGGUCAACUUUGUUUACAUCACAAACCUGUUGCGACAUGUGUAAGGGGAUAUGUUGUAUUGCCUCCCACCAAUGAUGAAGAAGAAAAAGCAAUGCUUCACAGGAUGAUGAGAGUGGACCAUGCGGGAGAAUAUGGUGCCAACCGAAUCUAUGCUGGUCAGAUGGCUGUUCUUGGCCGUACACAAAUAAGUCCACUUAUUCAGGAAAUGUGGGAUCAAGAGAAGCAGCACCUGAGUAAGUUUAAUGAGAUACUGGCUGAGAACAGAGUGCGUCCAACCCUCCUGCUUCCUUUGUGGAACAUCGUAGGAUUUGCUCUUGGUGCUGGCUCUGCUCUUUUGGGAAAGGAAGGGGCGAUGGCAUGCACUGUGGCUGUCGAGGAGAGUAUCUCAGAGCACUACAACAGUCAGAUCAGAACUCUAAUGGAGAAAGAUCCUGACAAGUACACAGAACUGCUACAGCUGAUAAAAGAAUUUCGGGAUGAUGAACUGGAGCACCAUGACACUGGACUGGAGCAUGAUGCUGAAUCAGUGCCUGGAUAUCAGCUGAUGAAACUAAUCAUACAGGCAGGCUGCAAAGCUGCAAUCUAUGUGUCUGAACGUCUCUAAAUAUUUUAUUUAGUAUUUUAUAUAGUGUUUAAAAGAGUUAUUCUGAUGUCUUGUAAAUAUGAAUGCUACUUUGUCUUUAAAGUGUUAAAAUGUUUUGUACUGCACCAGCUUAAUGUCCAAAUACAACUAUAAGUAAGCCAUUUUAGGUUAAUUUCUCCGAAAUGUGUAAGCACUGUGGUUUUGUCAAAACAUUGCUCUGUUUGUUUGAGCCAACACAGUAGUAUAGACUUAACAAAUGGCAUAAGUUUGGGCUAAGACUAUCUCUUUGUCUGACCAGUAGGACCUGUUUUAAAAUAUAUAAUUUUUGCAGUUUCAAUGUAGUGACGCUAGUUUUGUAUAAAAUACAUACUUCAUCUAUAAUGACGUGUUCCUCACAGCAGUAUAUUUAAAAUGUAUUUAUUGCAAUUUUAUACAUGGCCAGAGUUUUUCUCAUACUGUAAAUUUCUAUCAGUCUCAAUUGUAUUGCCAUUAAAGUCAUGUGUCGUUACAGAAUGUAUGUUUGCAAAGGCCACCUUGAACACAAGAGGGCAGUGUGUGCCUGUUAAGUAAAAGGUAAUGUGCAGCUACCAACACUCGCCCUGAUCGGGACUCAACUGUUGAAAUUUUUUUUGUCACAAAAAAGAGACCACAUAUAUAUAAUCUGCUAUAAACAUGCACAGUUGUUAUCUGAGAAUAUGCUUAUGCUAUGAGAGCCAUUUGCAUAGAGUAUUAAGGGAAGCUAUCACACGGGUGGCUAUGAAAACAUGUAACAUAAUCUGUAGCAGAGACGCUGGAAACAGCUGUCUCCAUCUCCCUGUGGUUCCCAUGACUUAAGCUACGAGGGCAUGAAGUCAUCCUGGGCCGUCCACGGAGAGUUUGAGACCCUAGCUUUCAAGGUUUUUCCAGUUUCUGUGAAUAUGGUUUGAUAAGGCUAUGAGAAGUGCACAAAUUACACUCCAGGCCUUUUUGUCUAGAGUCUUUCAUGUUGACUGUACUGGAUAAAAGUUCUUGAGAGGCCUGUUUAGUUUGGCAGGUCCUGUUAGGGGGCAGAGCUACUGUAUACUCACAUUCAGAGAGAAGGAGGCUGAUGCAAUCCCAGUGUAACUACAAGUCUUCCUCAGCUUUCAGUGUACCAUCAACUGUGACCACACGUAACCCUUAACAGACUCAAAGUUAGUGAGGUUUUCAGCUGCCCACUAGCCACACUCUCCUCUAUUCUCUCCUACUUUUGAAGGUUUUUAUUUCUAAACAUAUCCCUCUGUAUAUUUGCAUUGCUUAAUGUGAUGCAGAAGCUGCCACACAAGCUUUUGUUCUCGUGAUGUGUCAGAGGAAGCUGACCCAUCUGGAAACACUGCAUGAGUUGCUCAUUGUGAACAGAUCACAUGUCUUUAAGCCUUAAUAGCACACUGUUUUCCAAGAGCUAAAGCUCUUCUAAAUAGACUUAAAUGGGUGAGAUACACACAAAAUGUCUUUUGUCAACUAUUUACCAGUAUUGAAAACAUUAAAAGUAGUAAAGUUCUUAAAA